CGGAAGUGACCCUAGGCGGAAACGGUUGCCAUGGCAGCGGCCGGGCACGCGGCUGAGCUGAGGGAAGAUGGCGGUGACGGGUUGGCUGGAGAGUCUGCGGGCGGCAGAGAAGACGGCGCUGCUGCAGGACGGGAGAAGGAAGGUGCACUAUUUGUUCCCAGAUGGGAAGGAAAUGGCCGAAGAAUAUGAUGAGAAGACAAGUGAACUACUUGUGAGGAAGUGGCGUGUGAAGAGUGCCCUGGGCGCCUUGGGCCAGUGGCAGAUUGAGGUGGGAGAGCCAGCACUCCCAGGAGCAGGGAGCCUGGGGCCUGAACUCAUCACGGAAAGCAAUUCCAAUCCCAUCUUCAUGCGCAAGGACACCAAGAUGAGUUUCCAGUGGCGAAUUCGAAACCUCCCGUACCCUAAGGAUGUCUACAGUGUCUGUGUGGACCAGAAGGAGCGCUGUGUUGUCGUCAGAACAACCAACAAAAAGUACUACAAGAAGUUCUCAAUACCUGACCUAGACAGGUAUCAGCUACCUCUGGAUGAUUCCUCGCUGAGCUUUGCUCAUGCCAACUGCACCCUCAUCAUCUCCUACCAGAAGCCAAAGGAGGUUCUAGUAGCUGAGUCAAACCUGCAGAAGGAGCUGAAGAAGGUACAGACAGCACACAGCAGUGACGGGGACUGCAAGACUCAGUAGCGGACCCCUGAGGCCUGCACUUCCAGCGCUGAGUGUGGGUGAGGCUCUUCCUGUAGAGGCCUCUGAGACUUCAAGGCUUGGGCACUCCUAGCCCCUGAGUCGUGGUCUUCUCUCCUGAGUAAAAUAAUUCUGAGACA